AUGGGGUUGAAUUAUGAAGAUUUGUGUCCUCAUCCAUAUUUGGAGCUUCCAAAAGGUUUUAAAGUACCAAAAUUUGAGACUUUUAGUGGAGUUGAAAGUCCUUUUACUCAUUUGAGGGCUUAUUGUGAUCAACUUAUCGGAGUUGGGAAAGAAGAGGCUUUGUUAAUUCGACUUUUCAGUCGAACUCUAAAAGAAGAAGCUUUGAAAUGGUUUAUUUCUAAAGAAAUCAAGCAGUGGCCAAGUGGGAACGCUUUGGCUAAAGACUUCAUUGAAAGCUACCGAGAAUAUGCCUAUCAUUGGAGAAAAGAGGCUAUAAAGGUUAGACCUCCCAUGACCGAGAAAGAAAUUAUUGAAGUCUUUGUGCGCAAUCAAGAGCCGGAGUACAACAGUAGGAUGUUGCUCAUUUUAGGAGGAAAGUUCAGUGAGAUAGUCAAAGUUGGUGAAACUAUAGAAGACGAUCUCAAGACCAGAAAAAUCAUCCGAAUGACUCCCCAAGAUGAAUCCUCGGGACCAUUGAGGAGGAAGAGGGAAGAUGUCUCCUCUAUCUCAUUUGAAUCAAGCCAAAAAUGA